UGGUGUGUUAGCUAAAUAUUAAAUAAGCAUGCAAAGUUGCUAAUAAUAUUUUAUUUUAAUCAUGGAACUCCAUUUUAAAAUACUCAUGUUUAUCUUCUUUGUAAUUAGUGUUCUUGUUCAGUCCGGGGUAAACUGUGCUCAGGGAGGUACAGGUGGAACAACAAUAAAGAAAAAUGUUUGUAACCAACGCAAAGACUCUGGACCCUGUGGUGAAACAGAUAUAAGAUUUUUCUUCAACUCAAAGACAGAACAAUGUGAAGAGUUUACGUUUGGUGGCUGUGAAGGCAAUGCAAACAAUUUCAGAACAAAAGAAGUGUGCAUUAAUCAUUGUGUUUGUAAUCUAAAGCCUGACCCAGGACCAUGUAAGGCAUCUUUUACAAGAUAUUAUUACAAAAGUCAAACUGCACAAUGUGAAGAAUUUAUAUACGGUGGAUGUGAAGGAAAUGGGAACAAUUUUCAAACUAUUGCUGACUGCCAGGCUUCUUGUGCCUAAC